CUCAAAAUCACAAAUCACAAUUGUUCUUCUUCUUCUUCUUCUUCUUCUCUGCGUCGUUUUCUCGAACACUUUGGAAGAUGAAGAGUCGGAGCUCCGGCAGAGUCUCCACGAAAUGGAUUCCUAUUGUUUGCAUGUCUUCCUUCUUCCUCGGCGUGCUCAUCACAAUCAGUUGUUCUAGAAUGUGGACGCCGCCGGAGUCAAACAGCCAGCUCAUCUCGAGUCGCCGCCAUGAACAGGAGCUUCAAAUCGUGGCCGAGGAUUGCGCAACUAAGAAGAAGCCCGUACAAGAAAAGGAUGUGAUGGAUGAAAUUUACAAGACUCAUGAAUCAAUUCAAUCUCUUGACAAGCAAAUGGCAAUGAUUCAGAUGGAAUUGGCUGCGUCUCGGAGCUCCCGGGAGUUGGGGUUGUCCGUCGGUUCUUCGGAUGCGACAUCGGUGUUGCCUCAGGAAGGCUCUCCGAGGAAGAAGGUGUUCAUAGUAAUUGGAAUCAACACAGCUUUCAGCAGUAGGAAGCGGCGGGAUUCGGUCAGAGAAACAUGGAUGCCUCAAGGUGAGAAACUUCUGCAAUUGGAGCGCGAGAAGGGGAUUAUCAUUCGCUUCAUGAUUGGCCAUAGUGCAACAUCCAAUAGCAUUUUAGAUAGAGCCAUUGAUUCAGAAGAUGCUCAACAUAAAGAUUUCCUUAGACUGGAACAUGUUGAAGGAUAUCAUGAAUUGUCUGCAAAAACAAAAACUUUCUUUUCUACUGCAGUUGCAAAAUGGGAUGCGGACUUCUAUGUCAAAGUUGAUGAUGAUGUUCACGUCAAUUUAGGUAUGUUAGCUACAACUCUUGCCCAUCACCGUUCAAAGCCCAGAGUCUACAUUGGUUGUAUGAAGUCUGGACCUGUUCUUUCUCAAAAGAAUGUCAAGUACCACGAACCAGAAUACUGGAAAUUUGGAGAGGAUGGGAACAAAUAUUUUCGACAUGCAACUGGGCAGAUUUAUGCAAUCUCAAAGGAUCUAGCUACAUAUAUUUCCAUCAACCAGCCCAUAUUGCACAAGUAUGCUAAUGAGGAUGUGUCGCUUGGUUCGUGGUUCAUUGGCCUCGAAGUUGAACACAUUGAUGACCGCAAUAUGUGCUGUGGAACUCCACCAGAUUGCGAGUGGAAGGCACAGGCUGGUAACGUCUGUGUUGCAUCGUUUGACUGGAGCUGCAGCGGAAUCUGCAAAUCGGUGGAGAAAAUCAAAUUUGUUCAUGAAAAGUGCGGUGAAGGAGAUGGAACUGUCUGGAGUUCAUUAUUUUAAAUCCGUUCAUCUUGAAAAUUCUUUCUUGGCCAAACAAGCACGCUGAAAAUACACUGCAGACAUAAAGAGUUGGGAGGCGGUUUCGAGAAUUCAAACACACAAAGCAUUACAUGUAGAUGUGAUACACAUGUCCAAUACAUUUCUUCAAACUUAUGGUGAAAGACUUGCAGGAGCUGGUGACAAAGAUGUGGUGCAAGCUAUACGGGAAGUGUUUUCAAAUUUCAAUUGCUGAAAUGUGAAUUUAAGAAAGGUUAUGAAUUCCACUUGUAAUUUAGGGCGUGGGAGGAAAUGGGGGUAUUUAUUUCAAUGUUGUUUAUUCAGUUUGUUUUUUGUUGUAGUAUUUUAUUUUAUUUUUUUAAAGGAAUUUUGAAUGUAAUUUUAUAAAAGGUGGGGUGUCAUACACGCUAGGCUCCAUGUGUAAACCCCAUUACAAGAGUCGGAUUUUCCAGUUAAAUGUUGUAUUUUUAUACCAGACAAAUUUUGUAAAAUGAAAAACCAAAAAAAAAAAAACCUGAUAAAUGUUCCUA